GUGACGUAGACUGUGUACGUGAGAGCCGUGAACAUCAACAAAAGAGAGAAAAAGAGAAAGAGGAGCAGGAAAAUAGAAGCAGAAGAAAACAGAGAUGUGGAAUUAAGACGCAUUUACAGUGAAGAUACUGUGGUUUAAGACAAAGCAGACGUUCCUUCCUCCAGUGCCAGUCGAGACAUGGAUGCCUUCAAGCUGAUGAAGGAGCUGAAGACCAACUAUGAGCAGGAGGUUUACUACCUGCCCAAAGAGGCUGGUCUGAGCCUCAUUGAGUCCACCACACAGGACGACAGUCGGAUCUCAGCCAAGUGCAGAGAUGCCAAAGUGGAGGACUUAUGGAGUCUGACCAGCUUCUUCGGUUACAGCGCCCAGACCUUCGUCCUGGCAGUGAACCUGCUGGACAGAUUCCUGGCCAUGAUGAGGAUCCAGCCCAAACACCUGUCCUGCGUCAGCCUCAGCUGCCUCCACAUGGCCGCCAAAGUGACGGAGGAGGAGUGUAACCUGACGCCCACCGACGAGCUGAUCCGCAUCGGACAGUGUCGCUUCACCGUGUCCGACCUGGGCCGCAUGGAGAAGAUCAUCGCAGAGAAGCUGGACUUCAAGUCCAGAGCCGUCACCGCCUUAACCUUCCUGCAUCUGUACCAUCAGAUCGCACAGUCGCACUGCACCGAGCGGACAGAGACUCUGAGUCUGGACAAACUGGAGGCUCAGCUCAAAGCCUGUCUGUGUCGGAUCUCCUUCUCUAAAGCCAAGCCGUCCGUCCUGGCCUUGUCUCUGCUGAGGCAGGACAUCGAAGCCGUCUGCUCAGAGGACCUGCUGGAGAUCACCUGCCACAUCCAGAGACACCUGAAGAUCGCUGAGGCGGAGCUGCUGCUGUGGAGCGAACGCGUGGCCCAGUGUCUGUCCGACUACGCCUCGCCUGAAUGCAUCAAACCAAACCACCGCAGGCUGCAGUGGGUGGUGUCCCGCAGGACCGCCCAGAACCUGCACAGCUACAGGAGUGUCCCUGAACUACCCACCAUCCCAGAGGGCUGCUGGGACGAGAGCGAGAGUGAGGACUCGUGUGAGGACAUGCUGAGUUCGGGGGAGGAGUCUCUGAGCUCGUCUCUGGGCAGCGACGCAGAAGGACGCUUCUUCCCUCUGCACCUCCGACGCCAAAAACGCCGCUGAGGACGCCUGAACCCGGUCCACGGUGGCCCCGCCCCCUCUCCUCUUCUAUUUUAACCUGUCUUUAAUUUAUUUGUGUCCGAGCGCCGGCGGCCAACCGCACAAAGGCCGGCAGCUCCAGGACUGUGGUAGAGUUAGUCUGUGGGUGCAUGUGGGCGUCACAUUCCAGGACUGGAGCGCUGAACACUGGUGGUUCUGGACCGUGAGGAGCCGAGUGUUUCUGUGAACGCUGAGUACAACCCAGUUCAGCUCAGACAGUUUCCUGUUAAUUUGCACACGUUUGUUUCUGUUUUUCCUGUUGAAGUGUUAACGGUCAGACUGGUGUUGGUGGAUGUGUCUGUGACUCUGGGUUUGGUGGAAAAGUUGCCAAUUUUUAGGACGUAGCUUCAAAAUGUUCAGAAUGUUAAUGGAACAAAGUAACUCUGACCAAGUGUCAAAAAAAAAGAAAAAAGUCUAAAAAAUGUCAAAACUGUAAAAUGUUCAUAGAAAAACAUGUAAAGUGUAAAUGAUGUACAAAAAAAAAUCAUGUUAAUAGUUCUUUGUAGAUAUUAAGUUAUUUAUUCCUUUUGUCACCUGUACUGAAAAAAAAACCUCUUAUAAAAAUCUUAUUUUUAA